AUGCAGGGUGUUUUCCAGGUCGCCUUGCUCGCCGGGGGUGCACCUCUGUGCGCACUCGCGGUGGCUGGCGGUGUAUUGGCCAGGCAGACCGCCGAGGGCGGCCCGCCGACGACUCAGGGCGGCGCGGCGAGCGGCGACGGCGGCGGCGAGCGCGCCACCGCGGGCGCUGAUACCAUCGGCGGCGGCAGCUCGGAUGCUCGCGACGGGUCGCCGGGGAGCGGCGGCAGCGCUGGCGGCGCGGCGCGGCGCUCGGUCACCAUUGCGCCCGACCUGCCAGACUCGGAGCGCAAGCGGCCCAAGGAGGUAAUCGACGUUUUGCGGGAGAUGAUGCGGCAGAAGCGUAGGGCUGAGCGGUUGAAGCGCAUGCAGCAGGAGCACAGGGGGCUCUUGGGCGGCGUCAGCGAGCACGGCCGCGGGUCGGGGGCGCCUAGUACAACUGCCAGCACCAGCGCACCCAGCGACCGCGCCGCGGGGCGCGCAGCUGCCGCCACGGCUGACGCAGCCGACGGUGGGGGCAGCGGGGAUGCGGACGCGCGCCGUGCGGCGGCGGCUGCAGGAAGCGCUCCCGCCGACGGUCAGGGCAGCGGCGGCGGGGGCAGCGGUGCGGGCGCACGGGAGGCGGCGGCGGAGCGCACGUCCUCGGGUGGCGGCGGCGCCGACGACGUCGGCGGCGGCGCGGACGCGCGGCGCGCGGCGUCGCGGCCGCGGUGGCGGGACCUGGUGGCGCAGCUCUCUGAGAUGAAGGCGUCCAACAAGGCGGCCGAGGGGGAGGUCGCGAAGGUCCUGGAGCAGAUGCUGUCGAUGAACGCGCAGCUGAUGGGCUGCUGGCACGACGAGGUGGCGCAGCAGAUGGCCAGCAUGAGCACCAAGAUGGAGACCUUCAAGGACCGGCUCUCCCGCCACCCGCCCCCGCCGCGGCCUGUUGCCUACAGCCAGUGCAGCGACGCGUCCUCCCUGCGCAGCAGCGUCCUCGCGCCGCCGUCGCAGCAGGGCGGCGGCGUCGGCGUCGGGCUGUGGGGGCGGUCGUGGGGGCGCAGCGCGCGGCGCGCCUACUCCACCGCGGGUGCGUGGUCAAAGGCGCUGGCCCUCUGA